AUGCGGAAGAAGGGGAAGACGCGCUCGCGGCAGCAGAUGUGGAAGACCCCGAAGCGCCGCGGCUGCUCGCCGGGCGCCAGCGCCGUCUGCUCCGUGGCCGUCAGCGCCUGGUACUUCUUGCCGCUGGUGCCCACGGCCCAGAUCUCCCGCUUGGGCGCCGGGGAGGAGCAGCCGGACGCGCCCUUGUGCCGGUGCCGGUGGCAGAGCUGCCGGGGCUCCUUCGCCUGCCCGCGCUGCCGGAACGCGGCCCCGGAGCCCGGCCUGAGACCCAACCGCGAGCUCGGGCACGUCGCUGACAUCGCCCGGGGGCUGCUCCCGGCGGCACCGGGGACCCUCUGCGGGCGGCACCGGGAGCCGCUGCAGCUCUUCUGCCGGGAGGAGCGGGCGCUGCUGUGCCUCGUGUGCGGCCGCUCCCGGCUCCACCGCCUGCACCGCGUCGUGCCCGCCGAGGAAGCGGCCCAGGAGUACAAGGAGCAGAUCCAAAACUGCCUCCAGGCUUUGAGGGAGGAGAGAGAAAAAUACCUGGAAAGCCGAAAAUCCGGCGCUCGGAGGAGUUUGCACCUGGACAAAACCAGCAGCGAGGGGCAGCGGACGGCGCAGGAAUUCCGGGAACUGCAGCGAUUCCUGGAGGAGAAGGAGCGUCUCCUCCUAGCCCAGCUCGGGGACCUGGACAGGGCCAUCGGCCGAGCCCAGGACGAGGCGCUGGCCAAGGUCUCGGAGGAGUUAUCCCAGCUGGACACCCUCAUCUGGGAGAUGGAGGGGAAAUUCCAGCAGCCCCCGAGCCACUUCCUGCAGGACCUCCAGCAGCUCCUGGACAGCUGUGAGAUGAUGAAGUUCCACCCCCCGGCCGAGAUUUCCUCCGAUCUGGAGAGGAGGCUCGAGGAUUUUGUCCAGAGGAACGUCCUGGUGAGGAGCACCUUGAGGAGAUGCCAAGACAGCCUCAUGUUCCAGCUGCAGGAGCCGGCCGACGUCACCCUGGACCCCGGCACGGCUCAUCCCCACCUGCAGCUCUCGGAGGACGGAAAAGAAGCGCGAGGGCAGCUGGUGCCGAGGGACGUCCGGGACCACCCCGAGCGCUUCGACUUCGAGCCCUGCGUGCUGGCGCGGGGGGGCUUCGCCUCGGGCCGGCAUUUUUGGGAGGUGGAGGUGGGGCAGGGCGGGGUGUGGGCGCUGGGCGUGGUGCGGGAGUCCGCGCGCAGGAGGGGCCCCCUGAGCCUGACCCCCAAAGAGGGGGUGUGGGCGCUGGAGCGGCGGCUCCGGGUCUCCCUGGACUACGAGGGGCGGCGGGUGGCUUUCUUCAGCGCCGGCCACGACAUUCCCAUCCUGGAAUACACCCGGGCCGCCUUCAACGGGGAGAGGGUCCUGCCCUGGUUCAAGAUGGGGAUGGGGGCGCGGCUGCUGGAGGUGACGCGGGGCUGCGAGGAGUGGGCGGUGGCCGGGCAGGUCACGUCGCCGCUGGACUGGGUGGGCUUCGGCUUCUCGCUGCGGAUCUGCCCCUGAGGGGCUGCGGGGACGUGUCCCGAGCGAUGCCGCGGGAAUUCGCCGCCCCUCCGUGUCCGUCGGGAGCUCCGGGAUGGCCCCAGGGAUCGGCCGAGUGGAGCCCUGGGGGCGGAGGGCCGGGUUCAAUGUGCGGAUUUUUUCUUGUACCCUUGGCAGGAUGGAUCCUCCCGCUUUCCUCUCUUCCCAAAGUGCUUUUUGUCCAGGAUGUGUCCUGAACCCUUCACCUCUCGCUCUGGGGAGCUGUUUCCCCUCUCUCUCCACAUCCCUGACAUUUUGUGUCAUAUACAAUAAAUAAAUAUCAUAAAUAAAUAUCAUAAAUAAAUGUCAUAAAUAAAAUGUCUCAAAUAAAAGAAC